GAACGAAGCUUUUGACACACAGACACACACACACGCAUGCAUACACACGCGAGCGGUUUCGUGCCUCCCAGUGACCUGCCUGCUUCUAGCUGUCCCUCCUUCCUGGGGAGCUGGAGCUGCGGAGAUACAGGAGCCAGGGAGAUCCUGUCCCCUCUCCACGACUGUGAGACCAAAUGAAUAGAGUGAACAAGGUUUUGAAGAUCCUUAAAAAGUCAUCGAGGAGGAGGAAGAGAUGGAGAGAGGAGCUGAGGGUGGAGGAGGAAGGGGAGAGCCGGGAACUCUGUGACUCAGGUGGUUUAUGCCACCUGCACCUCUGUACUGGUGACGAUGGCCCUUACUCGAAGGGGAGCAAGGAUUCUGGUGGGAUGGACACAGCCCUGGUCUCCAGGAGGCAAAGCAUCCCAGAGGAGUUCAGAGGGGUCACCAUCGUGGAGCUGAUUAAGAAGGAAGGAAGCACUCUUGGGUUAACCAUUUCAGGUGGCACAGACAAAGAUGGAAAGCCAAGAGUUUCCAAUCUAAGGCCAGGAGGACUGGCUGCAAGAAGUGACCAGCUGAACGUUGGAGAUUACAUCAAGUCGGUGAAUGGCAUUAACCUGACCAAGCUGCGCCAUGAUGAGAUCAUAAGCCUACUGAAAAAUGUGGGCGAAAGGGUAGUGCUGGAAGUAGAGUAUGAGCUCCCGCCGGCUGUGCCAGAGAGCAGUGCUGGCAUUAUUCCCAAGACCAUUGAGGUGUCCCUCUACAAGGAAGGCAACAGCUUUGGCUUCGUACUAAGAGGGGGAGCCCAUGAAGACUGGCACAAGUCCAGACCGCUGGUGCUCACCUAUGUGAGGCCGGGUGGCCCAGCAGACAGGGAAGGGUCCUUGAAAAUUGGGGACAGGCUGCUGAGCGUUGAUGGGAUCCCUCUGCACAGCAUGACCCAUGCUGAUGCCCUCAACAUCCUGCGGCAGUGCAGCCAGGAGGCACUCUUCCAGAUCGAGUAUGAUGUGACCAUCAUGGAUACUGUAGCAAACGCUUCAGGUCCUUUAUUGGUUGAAAUAGCAAAGACUCCGGGGUCUACACUAGGAAUCACACUGACGACAACCACACAUCGGAACAAGCAGGUCAUUGUUAUUGACAAGAUUAAGCCGGCCAGCGUGGUGGACAGAUGUGGCGCGUUGCAUGUUGGCGAUCAUAUUCUCUCCAUUGAUGGCACAAGCACAGAGCACUGUUCCUUAUUAGAGGCAACUCAGCUUUUAGCUGCCACUUCAGAAAAUGUCAAGCUGGAGAUAUUACCUGUUCACCAAAGCAGGCUGCCUUUGAAGCCUCCAGAAACAGUCAAGGUACAGAAGAGUGACCACCAUCACUGCUGGGACCCCUGUGUCAACUACUGUCACACCCACCACCCCGGGCACUGCAAGACGCCUACGUGGAACCAGACGUCUGGACAGGAUUACUGCAAAUCUCUGGUGGCUGCCAACUUCUCAUCUCCCACCAUGAAUGCACAGGGCUUCCCCUGCCAGAACUCGAACACACUACCUCGCAGCUCCCAUCCCAUGAGCCCCCGCACCACUAUGCUAAGGAGAAGGCAGAAGAAGAAGGAGCACAAGAGCUCAUUGUCACUGGCCUCCAGCACAGUGGGUCCUGGCGGGCAGAUAGUCCACACGGAGACAACAGAGGUGGUGCUCAGGGGAGACCCUUUGAAUGGCUUUGGACUUCAGCUCCAGGGAGGCAUCUUUGCUACCGAAACCCUGUCUUCCCCACCUCUCGUCCGUUUUAUUGAGCCCGACAGCCCGGCAGAGAGGUGUGGGCUGCUGCAAGUGGGAGACAGAGUCCUUUCUAUCAAUGGCAUUGCAACCGAGGAUGGAACCAUGGAGGAAGCUAAUCAGCUUUUGCGUGAUGCUGCACUCACAAACAAAGUAGUGCUGGAGAUUGAAUUUGAUGUUGCAGAGUCUGUCAUACCCAGCAGCGGUACUUUCCACGUUAAAUUGCCCAAGAAAAGAGGUGUAGAGCUUGGAAUUACAAUCAGCUCUGCAAGCAGAAAGCCUGGGGAGCCUUUGAUCAUCUCCGACAUAAAGAAGGGGAGCGUAGCACAUAGAACUGGCACCUUGGAACCAGGAGACAAGCUGUUAGCCAUCGAUAACAUCCGACUCGACAAUUGCUCAAUGGAGGAGGCUGUGCAGAUUUUAAGACAGUGUGAAGAUCUGGUCAAAUUGAAGAUUAGGAAGGAUGAAGAUAACUCUGAUGAACAGGAAACAACUGGUGCUAUUAUCUACACAGUGGAACUGAAGCGAUAUGGUGGACCCUUGGGAAUAACCAUCUCCGGGACAGAGGAACCUUUCGAUCCUAUCGUCAUUUCAGGCUUGACUAAACGAGGGCUGGCAGAAAGAACUGGAGCCAUCCACAUCGGUGACCGGAUAUUAGCGAUUAAUAACGUGAGCCUCAAGGGCAAACCACUGAGUGAAGCCAUUCACCUACUGCAGAUGGCGGGAGAGACGGUCACUUUGAAGAUCAAGAAGCAGACAGAGAAGUCCUAUCCCAAGAAAUCAGGCAGUAUAAAUGAAGUGAGCGACCCAGAAGAUGAACUGACCGACUCCCAGAAAACCAGCAAGCUCUCCGAGAUAUACUCCACCACAAUUCCUAGUGUGGACAGUGCUAUGGAGUCCUGGGAUGGCUCUGGCAUUGAUGCUGGGUAUGGAAGCCAAGGUACAUACAUACCUCAGGCUGCGGGCAUAGCCCUCCAUCCACACGAAUGGAGACACAGCAGGCAAAAGAGCAGCACCCCUCCGGGGGACCCCAGGAAAAACUACCCCUACAUGGAUGGAAGCUUCAGUGAAGAUGACUGGGACAAGCCUAGCAGAUACCCCAGCCGCCAAAAUGGCCUUGAGACCACUCAUGAGGAUAGUUUUUGGCGUGUUUUUGGAGAAGCUUUGGAGGAUUUGGAAACAUGUGGCCAGUCUGAACUUUUGAGGGAGAUUGAGGCAUCUAUCAUGACAGGGAGCGUGCACAACCUCGGGCUGGAGGGCAGCAAGUUGCUCCUGGAGUCUGUCAACCCAUCAGGACCGAGCCCACUGAAGAAAGCAAACUCCAGCUGUGAUGACAGACAGACUGAGGGCAGCAGCUCCCCUGCCAAGAAGAAUGAGAGGAACCUGGACAUGAAGAAGAUCGAGAAGGAGAUGCAGGAAAUCAUGUCCCCUACCCCUCUCGAGUUUCACAAGAUGACACUCCACAAAGACCCGGAGAGUGAAGACUUUGGAUUCAGUGUGUCAGAUGGCCUGUUAGAAAAGGGUGUCUAUGUAAAUAUGGUCCGUCCGGAUGGGCCAGCAGAUCAAUGUGGCCUCAAGCCAUAUGACAGAGUGCUUCAGGUAAACCGCGUCCGAACGAGAGACUUUGACUGCUGUCUGGCUGUUCCCCUGAUUUCGGAGGCUGGAGAUAAACUGGACCUGGUGGUUAGCCGAAACCCCUUGGCACUGGCUGCCAGUGCUCCCCCGGAGGGGAACAGAGAGCUGCCGGCACAGGCGGCCCAUGGCAUCGAGGUCAAGGCAAGCGUCCAGACGCUCUGAAGAGCAGGAGCAGAGUGGAUGGGCCAUUGUGGUAUCUGGGGUGGUUUUCCUGUUUUUUGCACUGGUAUUUGUAAAUGCUGUGUAUACCAUAACCUGCAGGUGGGGAGGUGGGUCUUCAGUGAGGUGUCAGCUGUAGACCGACAAAUAUUGCUGGAAAGGUCGGAGCUGGAUUCGCAUCUCAGGCCAUGGGCAGCGCUGGUGAUGGGUUGAGCUGCCAGCAGGGAGGAAGGAGCAUCCACAGCUGUUCCCCGUGGCAGGACGUCCCCCUGCUCCCUGGCUGUCAGGAUGCAUGAGGUCCUGCCUCCGACACCCUCCGCACACUAAAGGCCUUAGGCCAUCCUACAAACACACAUGGUGCUAUUAUGUUUCUUAUUUGCUCGAUUAAUUGCAUACAGCAAGACUGAAACACCUUUCCUUUUCUGUUGUGCCCAGCUCCAUCCUUUAAACACUCCUGAUAGAUUGAUUUCUGCAUCCCUUUGCACUCCUGGUACAGGGCUGUGGAGAAUCCUGUUUAAAAGAUGUUUCAAAAUGUGCUUGAGAGUGGAUAGAUGCAAUUCCUGUUCAAAAACUGAUGUUUGCAACUGCCUCCUGCCGGCCCCAUCCGCACUCUCAGCCAGGGCUGUCUCACCCUGCAGUGGGACGAGGCACCUCAUCUCCCCAUUGAUUCCCAUGAGCAAUGUGGCUGCCUGUGUGAGAGUAGUUAUUUACAGAGCAGAAAGUUGUUCCCAAGGCUAAAGGCCUUGAAUAUCUGCCCAAAUCCCCAUCCACCUCGUUUGCCUGGGCUUUGUGGAGGUCUCUUGUUUGCAAACCUGUGCCUGCAGAAUAGCAAUCUUCCCAAGGCUGUCCCUUAUGUUUUGGAUUAAUCAAACCUUGUUGUGUCCUGUCAGGCAGUGGCAUGAGGAGCCUUUGUUAGAUGGAAAUUGUGUCCCUUGUGUCCAAUGUGGACUGGGCAGUGUGUGUCCGUGUCCAUGUGGGUUUGUUCAUUCCUGGUCCACCCACCUUUGCCUGUCACUGGCCUUUCCAUGGCUUUGCAAGCGUGAUGCCUCCCACCUGAGACCCCCCAGCCCCGCGGGAAGAGGGGCUGUGAUGUUUCCGUCGGAUUCCUUGUCUGCCUGCUGUAUUUCAGGUAUUAGCACUUUAUGAUGAUGUUCAUGUCCUGGUGGUGGCUUGAGCCUGGCAUUGCUUUCCCUGGGAAGGUUCGGGCGUGGUGGAGGUAAGGAGCUCGCUUGGUCACACACCCGCAGCCCCAGCUCCCGCCACCCCCAUUCCCUGCUCACCCUUUUGGUUCCUCCAUCACCGCCUGUGCGCCCGUGGUGUCUGUAGGGUGUCGGAUGGGUGUAUACCACACACUUGUUGCUUUGCUGAACCAGGACUCGUUCCCCCACUGUCCGUCCCUGAGUCACUUUGCAACUCUGACCCUCUGUGAUAGUGCAUCGUAUCAGGGUGCUUCUUCCAGACGCGUGUCCAGCCCCAUCCAGCUAUUUGUCAUUGUAGCCAUUUUCUCUUCGAGUAUGCAAUAUUCCAUACCAUUGCUGCCACAACUAGAAAAUGUGCCAUAAUUGAUACUGUGGAGCAUUGACAGUGCAGACAAAAGUGUUUUUAUAUGCAAUAUUCUGAGCAGUGGAAGCUUACUGUGGCUUCUCAUAGGUUUUUAAUGAAGACUUUUAUUAAAGGCUUUAAAAAACAGAAAAGGAAGAAAAACUCGGUCCUUGUAUCCCUUCCUAUGCAUUUUGAAUGAUAUGAAGAUGAAAUGCAUUACUUAAAUGUGUAUUUUUAUCCAUAUAUUAGAGUGUAUUCCUUGUAAAGUAUUUUUAUAUGCUAAUUUUCUUAUGUAUCUAUGAAAGCACAAUAUUUAAAAGUACAGCAUUUCAAAGAAUAUUUUAGUCCUGUUUUGGACCUAUUUGUAAAUCUCUGUAUUUAAA